AUUCGAAAGGCUGGAGUAUUAGAGAAGAGGGGGAGAACUGAGAAGAGAAAAUGUCUCAGGGACCGGAGGCAGAGAAGAAGCCGACCCCAGCCGGGGAAGCUGGUCAGCACAUUAACCUUAAAGUCAAAGGACAGGAUGGUAAUGAAGUCUUCUUCAGGAUUAAAAGGAGCACUCAACUAAAGAAGCUAAUGAAUGCAUACUGUGACCGACAGUCUGUUGAAAUUACUUCAAUAGCUUUCCUGUUUGAUGGGCGACGUCUUCGAGCGGAUCAGACUCCAGAUGAACUAGAGAUGGAAGAUGGUGAUGAAAUUGAUGCAAUGCUUCAUCAAACUGGGGGAACUUAUAAUCAAUAUUUUACUUCUAGCUGAAGAUAACUCUGUAUCACUGUGUGGGCGAAGUUUACCUUAUUAUUGUUAUGCGUAGUGAAUUGCCUAGGAGUGGGUUGCUAUUUCAUUAAACAGGAUAUGGUUUGCUCAAAGUGGCCUGAGCUCUUUUGCCUUACGCUUAUGCCAAAUUUCUUUUGAACGUAGUAGGAAUCAACCUUUUGUUUUAUCAUCUACUACAACAAUCUUAUAAGGUGCAGGAUCUUUUGAAGUCCUCUUGUACAAUACCGUGUUCUGGGACUACCUUAGAGGUAGGGGUGGACUGUCUACAUGGACAUGGUCUUGGGACUGGCCGGUUUUCAAACUAGGACUGGAAAACUAGGUUUUGGGAUAUAAGUCAUAUAACUUAGAGCAUCAUCAAGGCAAAAGUGUUGAAAAUGCAUGUGUCUCGAGGGAUAUAAUUUAUCUCUUUUCUUUUCACAUGUUUAUUUUUGGUUACUUUUACUCGCAAUGUCAAAUGCUUAUGUCAAAUUGUCAAAAUCUAGAUAUUGUGUGAUAUUAUUAACAUAAUAUUAUCAACAGAAAGUAACAAAAAUAACUCACACUUGUAACAUCAAAGAGAGUAAUGCCAUUUAUUAAUUUU